AAUAGUUCAUCAUAUUGUAGAGGGAUACGUGACUACGUGAGGUUAAAUAAAAAUAAGAUAAUAAGAUAUGCACGUAGUUUAAAUAUACCACCUAAUAUUUAUAUGAGCUAGCCAUGAUAAUUGUACAGUCGAAUUAAUAAAACAAUUGCCGAAACGUAUUCGAGUCGUUUUUUUGUUAUUACAUAUGUGGCGCCUAGCUACGGGCUUGAAAGAAAAUCAAGUAUUCGCGUUUGUAGAUAUGUACGUUUAAAUUUCGCGUAGUAAAGAAAAAGUUACACGUAAUUAUCGUUGGCAUAGUACCUAAACAUGUUAAAAAUGCGCGAUUAAGCGAAAAAAAAAAAAUAAUAAUAACUGUACGAAAUCGAAAGUGUAUAAUUGUGACCUGCAUUCGCGACAGCCAGUAACGAGUUCAAAACCAAAGCAACAUGUCGAGAAUUUAAACAGCAAUUGACCAAAGACAACCUAUCCAAUGAAAAGCGAAACCGAAAAAGAAGCCAGAAAAAUUUUCCGAAGAUUAAUGGGUGAAAUUCAAACCAAAUCCGUCAGAGUGUCCAAAGAAAACCUAUCCAAUGAAAAGCCAAACCAAUAAAAAGCCAGAAAAAUUCUCCGAAGAUUAAUGGAUGAAAUUCAAACCAAAUUCGUCAGAGUGUCCUGGAUUUACGACCUACCAAAAGAAACUAUCUCGCAGUUAAUCAACCAAAAUUUCCCAGAAGAAGAAGUAUCCGAUGAUGAUUUAUUAGAAACCCUCAGGAAGAAAUUGGUAUCGUUAGUGCGGUUAGAAGUAAAUUUAGAAUUAGCACUAAAACUACAAAAUAAGUAUAGUGUAGAACAUAAGCCACUAGCAUUGGAAGGGCUUGACGAGAUAAAAUUGAGGAGGUUAGAAAGAGGUAAAGAGGAGUUUAAAAAGAGUGAAGAGGAAAAGAAAAAAAAAGAAGGGGAAGAGAGAAAAAUAAUUGAAGAACAGAAAAGAAUAGCAGAGCAGAAAAAAAUUGAACAAGAAGCUGAAAAGAAACGAAAAGAAGAGGAGGAAAAACUGAAAAGAGAAAAUCAAGAAAGUGAAGAAAGUGACGACGAAAUGGGUGAAACGAAAAUUGAGAUUGCUAAGUUCUCAGGAAAAAGUGGAGAAUUUGAUGGGUUUAUGAAAAAAUUUGAAAUUGUGAGCAAAGUAAGAAAAUGGUUAGAUGCAGAAAUGGUAUUGAGAUUUCCGUUAUACCUAGAAGGAUAUGCCUUUCAGUACUAUAUUACAGAGUGUGAAAAAGAAACAGAAUUUGAGGCUAUCAAGACGAAAAUGGAGAACAGAUUUAAAGUAUCAAAAUUAAUCAGGGAAGACCAGUUAUUUUCGAGAGAACAAGGAGAGAAUGAAGAAGCCAUGAAAUUCUUAACGGAGAUAGCAAGUGAAGGUAAAGAGUUGAAAAUGGAGGACAGUGCAAUCUGUAGAAUCGUAUUGAGAGGACUGAAGAAAGAAAUAAUUGAGAAGAUAGGUAUGUUUGAUAAUACGUCAAUAGAGAAAUUGGAAGAGAACAUACGACGAUACGAAUAUGAGAGUAAAAUAAUUAGCAAGAAAAAGGAUGAUUUGUCAGAAAAAGUGAAGCUCCUUGAGGCUGAAAUUAAGAAAAUGAAAGCAGCAAAGGAAGACGAAGAACUAAUCAAAGAGCUAGGAUUGGCUGUUCAUGAAAAGAAAGUGUGUGAAUGUAGGUGUAAUAAGAAUGAUAAAGGAAAUUACUCAGGUGGAAGACAAGAUAACCGUAAUUACCAAAGGAAUAAUAAAUAUUGCAAGAUCUGUAGAAGAAAUGGUCACCACACCAACGACUGUUGGUAUAAUGACAAAAAUAAAACCCCUAUUAACGAAAAAAGAAAUGAUAAUAGGUAUUGUGAUAAUUGUAAAAAACCAGGGCAUGAAACUGACAAGUGUUGGUAUAAACCAAAAAACUAGGUGAGGGGGAGUCUCGGCUCCCCGACCCCAAAAGUGUAGAAAAACCAGAGCAAAUCUUUCUCGUGAAAAUUGCAAAUUUAAAACUACCAGUACGUAUAAAAAUAAACAAUAAAGCUAUCGAAGGAAUUCUUGAUACUGGGAGUAAUCACACUUUGAUCAAAUCAUCUCUGGUAAAUAAAAAUGCAGGUCUACAAGAAUCAAAUUUGGGGUUAGUAGGAGCAGGAGAAGAAACGUUAGAGGUAGAGGGAGUAACUAAAAUGCAGAUUAAAAUAGAAGGGAAAGAGUUCGAGGUCAACGCUCAAGUCAUCUCCAAUUUAUGUGCUGAUCUCAUCUUAGGAGUGGACUUUAUGGAAAAAUAUGGGACAUGUAUUGAUUUUAAAACUCGUACCAUUUCAAUAAACGGAGAAUUAAUAUUUAAUAUUGACGAGAAAUGGUUAAAUCAAAUAAAUCACGAACAUGUAUGUAUUGUGAAAAAUCAGCACAUAGUUUGCAAGGAUGACGUGACCAUUCCGCCUAAUGAAAAAAUUGCACUAUUAGUAAAUACAACUGAUGAACAGAUAGGGAAAAUAACACCACACCAGUACUUUGUAAAUAAUUCGGGAAUCAAGGUUUCAAGUUCGCAUAAAAUGAAUGACCAGACACACGUAAUUUGCUUGAAAAAUUAUACAAACGUUGCAAAGAAAAUCCGAAAAAACCAAAAAAUAGCAACAGUCAGCGAAACAAGCAAUAAGAAAGUGAAACCUAGUGUAUACAAGAGUGUGUAUGAUAAUGAGGGAAAUGAGAUAUGUAUUUCUGACAAAUUAACACCACAACAAAGACAACGAGCUGAAGAGCUAAUUAAACGUUACAAACAUAUAUUCACGACAAAUCCUCUCAAGUUGAGGAAAGCAAAGGCUGAUCCAUACAAAUUGAAGUUGAAAGAUGACGAACCAGUCGUGUUAAAAAGCUAUAGAUUAGCACCAGUAGAAAGAAAGGCGAUUAAGAAAAUUAUCAACGAAUAUAUAGAAGCAGGUGUAUUGAGACGAAGUACGUCAAAUUAUGCAACUCCUGCAUUUGUGAAAAGGAAAAGUAAUGGAGAAUAUAGACUGAUUUGCAACUACAAAAAAGUGAACAAAAAAUUGAUAAAAGAUCAUAACUCUGUACCUAGGACUGAUGAUUUAUUCAUGUGUCUGGGAGGAUGCCAAUAUUUCAACAUCAUGGAUUGCUUUCAGGGCUUUUUUCAAAUACCAUUGGACCCUGAAAGCUGGCACAUAACUGCUAUCAUAGUGGAGAACCAAUUAUAUGAGUUCACUUGUUUGCCACAGGGACUAGCUAACUCUCCUGCGGCAUUUUGCAAAGAAAUGAACAGCAAAAUGGCUGAUAUUUUAUACGAAGGAACAAUCAUUUACAUGGAUGAUAUAUGUAGUUAUGGUAUAGAUUUUGAAACUGCUUAUGCGAACCUUGAAAAAACUUUACAAAGACUAGAGAAAAUGAACAUGAAACUUAAAACUACAAAAUGUCGAUUUUUUAUGGAAGAAGUAGAAAUGCUAGGUCAUAAAAUUUCUCGUAAAGGGAUUGAGCCAUUAAAAAAGAAUGUGGAGGCGGUAUUAAACUACCCAAAGCCAAAAACAGUAAGACAAGUAAGAGGAUUCAACCAAUUGUGCUCAUAUUAUCGAAAAUUUGUAAAGAACUUUUCAAAAAUAGCCUUACCAUUGACAAAUUUGACGAGAGGUGAUCCAAAAGGGAAUGAAAAAGUCGAAUGGGGGCCUGAUCAGGAAGAGGCAUUUCAAGCAUUAAAAAAGGCUAUCACAUCAAAACCAGUGUUGGAAAUUUACCAUGAGGACAGAGAAACUAUCUUGGAGAUAGAUGCUUCAAAAGUAGCUAUUGGAGCAGUGUUAUGUCAGGUGAAUGAAAGUGGUCAGAAAAAACCGAUAGCCUAUUUUAGUAAAAAGAUGCCUGAAAAGAAGAGAGUGGAUUGUGCGUACGACCUGGAAUUAACAGCGUUAACGGAGUCAGUUACGCACUUUCGAGAGUAUCUGUAUGGGAAGAAAUUUACGGUACUAACGGAUCAUGAUGCCCUAACACAUACGUCAAAAAUACAAGAACCAUCAAAAAGACUUGCAAGGAUGAUUCUCAAACUAUCAGAGUAUGACUAUGAAAUCAAACACAUUAGUGGUGUAAAAAAUAGUGUACCAGACAGCCUAUCGAGAGUAGAAAUUGAAGAACAUGUAAACAGUGUGAGUGUAGCAAAGAAUGUAUUGAAAAACCCAGAUGUAAAAAAUAUUAUCGAAGAGCAAAAAAAUGACAGAUUUUGUGUAGGAAUCAAAAAUGCUCUAGAAAAGAAGCCAGAUAAAAAUGAAUACUCAAAAGAAGAAAUAAAAAAGUUCGAUAGGUGGAGUCGAAGGUAUGAAAUAGAGGAUGGGUGUCUAAAGUACCAAAUUUUUAACCGACAAGAAAAGAAAAAACUGAUUGUAAUUCCAGAGAAUGUGAAAGAAAAGGUUAUGCAAGAGGCACACGACAGCCUAUUAGGAGGUAUACACCAGGGAAUACAAAAAGCGUAUGGGCGAAUCAAGAAUCUGUAUUACUGGAAGAACAUGUAUACAAACCUAGAAAAAUACAUAAAAACGUGUGUAUCAUGUCAGAUGAGAAAAGAGGAGAAAAAGAAAAACGGAUUGAUGCAACAUGUGAAGAUUGAAAAAUGCAGAGUGAUGGGACAUUUGAUGAUUGACUUUAUAGGCCCAGUUACAAAAAGUGAAGGUAGGGAGUAUAUUUUGGUAGGUACAGACGUAUGCACAAAAUUUGGAAUAGCGAAACCAGUGCCAAGGGCAACUGCUGAAAAUGUCAUCACAUUUUUGAUGGAAAUUGUCACAAGAUACGGUUUACCUGAGAAAAUUUCAACAGACCGGGGAACACAUUUCAAAAACAAGGACUUAAGCGAAGUAUGCGAAAAGUUGGGAAUAGAACUUGUGCACAGCACAGCAUAUAGCCCACAAUCACAAGGGUCAGUUGAACGUUUCAAUGGCACGCUAUGUAGAGCACUUGGCCACUACGUAAACGAUGACCAAAAUAAUUGGGCUAGAUACGUACCAUACGUAACUUAUUCGUAUAAUACAACGCCUAUGAGUCAACUAAAUGGACUUAGUCCAUAUUAUGUGAUGUUUGGGCAAGAACCCAACACCCCAUUAAAAAAUGGUCUGAAAAUCAACAAUAUUCAAAGAGAAAACAGAAGAAUGAAGGAAAUUGAAAAAUUACAAAAAAUUAGGAACGAAAUACCUAAAUUAAUCUACGAAAGUCAAGAAAAGAAUAAAAUGUAUUACGAUAGAAAGCAUAAAUUCGUAGAAUUUGAAAAAGGAGAUAAAGUAUUGAUUGAAAAUCCAUUUAGGGACAAGAAAAAAUUCAGUCCAAAGUACACAGGUCCGUAUGAAGUCAUUCGAAAACUCAGUGACGUAAAUUAUGUGGUGAAAAUUCCUCAUAGAGGGGGAGAAAAAGAAGAGAUCAUACACAUUAGGAGGAUGAAGGAGUUUAGGUCAAGAUAAAGACAGUCAGGUCAAAUAGACAGGAGAGGUAAAAAUCCGAGAUUGAGAAUUGAAGAAUUUCAGUUCAACUAGAAUAGGUAAGUUCAAUGCCAUGGGUGACGGCCGCACCUUAGCUGAGAAUUAGAUAGGAAAGGUACAUGAUCGAAAUACAAAACAAUAUAGCAAAGUAAACAAAUUGAAGGUAGAAAUGUGUAUGGCUAUGAAAAAGACACGUAAAUCAAAACAAUAACAAAAACUGAGAGUAGGAAAAUAUGUACUACAAUAUCUAUGGAAAACGAAUACAUAAACCAUUAAUGGUGAUAGAGAGCUACGAUUAGCAACUCGAAAAGUAAUCAAUUGUGAAAAUUUAAUCGUCAUAAAUUUAUGAUUUUAAUCGCCAUAAAUUCGUGAUAAUUAUUUGACAAACGAAAAGUGACAAAGUGCUGUGAGUAGCAACUCAUAUAGUAGUCAAAUUGUGAACAUUUAAUCGUUAUAAAGUCGUGAAAUUAAUUGUCAAACGAAGAAAAACGUAAAAAAAUAAUGUUCGGGAAAAUUAUUUUGUGUGCUGGGAUCCUACAAGCAGUCCAAGCAAUCACUACGGAGAUACAUAGUGGAUUAGUAUUCAAGAAACUCGAAAAUGCUGUCCUGUAUGAAUCAUCAAUUCCGAUACUCUAUGAGAUAGACUACCCAAUUCCUAGAAAAGUAACAGUGCAAACAUAUUGAAAAAAGAACAUGUGAGGAUCUCACAGGCAAUGAAACAGACCUAGGAAUGUGUGAAAUAAUGAAGAAAAACGAUGAAAUUAUCAAAGAAAUGGACCACUACUUGAACACUGAAUUAGCCAGUCAGCAAUUUCGACACGAGAGUGGACACCAGCAUGAGCGGAGGAAGCGAGGGGUACAGUUCUUAGGAGAUGCGCUGGCGUGGUGCUGCAAUAUAAUUACUGAAAAGCAGACGAAACCCAUAUACCACAACGAAAAAACUUUAACAAAAGGAUUUUAUCGUCUCAAAAGCCAAGUCAUAGAAGAACAUGCAGCUCUAUUCAAUGUAACAACCCAGAUAAACCAGUUUAUGAUGACCACUGAGCAAAGGACAAAACAGUCAGGUGAAGUUAUGGAAUUAUUGAAAAAUGUUAUGGUGAAAGAAAAAGACAAGACUGAUAGGGAAAUAAUCGAUUUAAUAAGCAUUUUAGGGUCUCUAUACAAUAUGAUGGAAAAUCAGUUUAGCAUUAAUUUUUUCAAAGAAACAGUAAAUCACUGCAAAAAGAACCUAAUUCCUCCUGAAAUUAUCAAUAGAAAAACUUUAAAAAAAGAUUUGAUCAAAUUAAACGAAGAGUUGAACAAACUAAAUAAAAUAACUGCAAUAGAAACACAUAAUAUACUCGAAUAUUAUUCAUUACCUAUAGCACAAUGUCAAUUCUCUGAAAACCACCUAGCUAUCCAAAUAAAAAUCCCAAUUAAAAAUAAUAACCAAAUUUGGAACCUAUAUAAUUUCAAAACUAUUCCUUUUACGUAUGAAAAUAAAGUGUGUAAGGUGAAUGUAGACGAAUUUUUAAUAGCUCAUGAGGUAAAUGAAAACGAAGUAACAAAAGUUCGAAAAGAUAACUGUGAAAACAACGACUACUGCUACAUGAAUAGAUACGAAAUUACAAGUGGGAAUGAGGAGUGUGUCAAAGCCAUGUUUAAAAAAGUUGAGAAAGGAAAACUGAACAAAGUAUGCGAGUUUGAAUGUGUUGAGAAGGAAGAGACAGUCGUUGCAAAGAUAGGACCAAGUGAAUAUGUGUUAUCAAACUAUAAGGGGGAGAUCAAGUUAUAUAAUCCGAGUACGAGAAAUCAUAAGACUAUUAUUGGAACGAAUGAAGGCAGUUUACGAUUGAAAGUUCCGUGCGGAUACCAGGUGAGAGAACAACUUGAAGGGAGAGAAAGGACGAUCAUAAGUGAAGAGAUACCAUGCAACAAAGAGGUAUUGGAAGAAGAGAAGAUGGUAGUGCCAGUGCAAUGGACAAAAUUAGAGGGAGCGAGUGUGGCUAUUGAAGGGAGAAUAGAAUUUGCGAAAAUGAAUGACAUACUAGAUAAAAAGUGGAACGAGAGUGUGCCCAUUAAAUUUAACAAAGAGAUCGAGAGAAGGCUAGGGGAUGUAAAAAUCGAAGAAUACCGGGGAAAAGGGGAUUUUCUAGUAAUUAUAUUACUUAUAUGGAACAUCCUCUUAACCUUGGGUCUACUAGCUACUACAAUCAUAGGAUUUAAAUAUGUUAUGUACAUUAAAAAUACGCGAAUAAAAUUAGAUACUGCAAUUGAAACCCACAAUAAUUUAUAAGAAUGUAUAUAAAAUUACUAAAAUAGAUAGGUUAAGUAUACAUAAUGCUGUGAGGACACAGCCUAAAAAAGUACAGGGAAUAUGUAGAGGGAUACGUGACUACGUGAGGUUAAAUAAAAAUAAGAUAAUAAGAUAUGCACGUAGUUUAAAUAUACCACCUAAUAUUUAUAUGAGCUAGCCAUGAUAAUUGUACAGUCGAAUUAAUAAAACAAUUGCCGAAACGUA